UGGUUCACCUCACUUAGCCACGCCGGCGAAAAGUCUCCGCUUUCUCACUCUCUCUUUACAAUCUCUCUCUCCCUCUCUCUCUCUCUCUCUCUGUGAAAUGGUUUAUGCUCUUUGAUUCAGCUGAGUGAGAAGAUUGUCUACGUUCGUUGAAAGCUGCAAUUUGUACGUGUAGGAUCGGAUCCGAAGAACCGGACGCGAAACGAUGGAGGAGGAGAAAACUCUGGCGGCUACGGCGCAGAGUUUGAUCGAUUUAGUGAACGAGAUUUCGCUGGUUUCCGAUUACAGGACGACGGUGAAGAAGCAGUGCAGCAAUCUGGCGAGGAGGCUGAAGCUGCUUGUUCCUAUGUUCGAGGAGAUUAGAGAUAGCAAGGAGCCGAUUGAUGAAGACGCGGUGAAGAUUCUGGUCUCGCUGAAGGAGGCGAUUUGCUCAGCCAAGGAUUUUCUCAGAUUCUGCAGCGAAGGAAGCAAGAUUUACAUGGUCAUGGAGAGGGAGCAAGUGAUGGGUAAAUUACUGGAGGUGUCAGCUCAGUUGGAACAAGCUCUGAACUUGAUUCCGUAUGAGGAUUUGGACAUAUCGGAUGAAGUUAGGGAACAGGUUGAACUUGUAGUCAGUCAGUUCCGCAGAGCUAAAGAAAGAGUAGAUGCAUCAGAUGACGAACUGAUCGAAGAUCUUCAAUCCAUCCGUGACAAAGGUAGCGACCCUUCUGCCGACCAGACUACCCUUCAGAGGGUCGCCCAGAAGUUACAACUCAUGGAGAUAUCCGAUUUAGCUCAAGAAUCCGUGGCCCUCCAUGAAGUGGUUGCUUCCAGCGGAGGAGACGCAGGUGAAAACAUUGAGGAGAUGGCAACGAUACUUAAGCAGAUCAAGGAUUUUGUGCAGAUGGAAAACGAAUACAGCGAGGAGGAUCAGAAAGGAGUCGAAGGGCUUAAUUCAGGAAGCAGCGGACAAAAAUCGACCACAGUGAAUCAUAAGAUUCCUGUGAUCCCUGACGAUUUCCGCUGUCCGAUCUCGCUGGAAUUGAUGAGAGAUCCUGUCAUUGUUUCUACAGGGCAGACAUAUGAACGAACUUGCAUUGAGAAAUGGCUGGAAGCAGGGCAUUCGACAUGCCCGAAAUCACAGCAGACACUGACGAGCACAACCCUCACUCCAAACUAUGUCCUUCGCAGCCUCAUAGCUCAAUGGUGCGAGGCUAAUGGCAUGGAGCCACCAAAACCUCCGAGCUCUUCUCGACCCAGAAAAAUAUCAUCCUUCUCCUCUCCAGCCGAAGCCAGCAAGAUCGAAGAUCUUAUGUGGAGGCUCGCUUAUGGAAACCCUGAGGACCAGCGGUCCGCUGCCGGGGAAAUCCGACUCCUGGCAAAACGCAAUGCUGAUAACCGUGUGGCCAUAGCUGAAGCCGGGGCAAUACCACUUCUCGUGAAUCUCCUCUCGACACCCGAUUCCCGUAUCCAAGAACAUGCGGUGACAGCUCUUCUCAACCUUUCGAUAUGCGAGAACAACAAAGGAGCUAUUGUUUCUGCCGGGGCAAUUCCCGGUAUCGUUCAGGUCCUCAAGAAGGGAAGCAUGGAGGCUAGAGAGAAUGCUGCGGCCACGCUUUUCAGUUUAUCGGUGAUAGACGAGAACAAGGUGACGAUCGGUGGCUCGGGUGCGAUCCCUCCGCUCGUGGUUCUUCUCAACGCGGGCACACACCGAGGGAAGAAAGACGCAGCUACCGCACUGUUCAAUCUCUGCAUAUACCAAGGAAACAAAGGUAAGGCGAUACGGGCAGGAGUGAUUCCAACAUUGAUGAGGCUAUUGACCGAGCCCGGAAGCGGAAUGGUGGACGAGGCACUCGCCAUUUUGGCAAUUCUCUCAAGCCAUCCGGAAGGGAAAUCGAUCAUAGGAUCAUCGGAAGCAGUUCCGUUCUUGGUUGAGUUCAUCAGGACAGGGUCACCCAGGAACAGAGAGAAUGCGGCCGCAGUUCUCGUCCAUCUCUGUUCAGGAGAUCAGCAACAUCUGGUCGAGGCUCAGAAGCUCGGUCUAAUGGCUCCAUUGAUCGAUUUAGCUCAGAAUGGAACGGAUCGAGGCAAGAGGAAAGCAGCUCAGUUGCUCGAACGUAUCAGCCGCCUUACCGAACAGCGAAAGGAGACUACGACUCAGCCAGAGAUUGAGGCCGAGCCCACACAGCCGCCGCCACCACCGCCGACCUCGGAUGCUGCUGAUAACUAAGGUACUCGGUUCUUCCACGAGGCAGAGGUAGAAGAUCACCUCAUUCAGGUCUGUUAACAUUAUACACACACGUGUGGAACUGUAUCAUUGUAACACUUAAAUUAUUGUAAUCAUCCUCUCUGAGUUUUUUUCCUAUGGAAGAGAUGUUGUUCCACUUAAACAAAACAUUAUGAAUGAUAUUACAUUGUACUGGUAUUUCACAUAAAACUUGUUUAUUUCAGGACAAGAAAUGAUCUUUCUGUUCAGUAAAUGGUAUGCCUUAAACUUUC